UCAAAGCAACUUGUAUGUAACAGUGCUCAGAUUGUUGUAAACGACAGUUUUAUGAGGUCGUAAGAACGACAACAUUACAAAACUCGGACUAAAAUGUACUCUCAAUUUGCAAAUGAAGACGCGCCCGCGAGCGCAAGGUCAUCAUCAGCCAAUCGCACCAAGCUGCUUGUCAAUAUAUCGGCAUGGGCCACAAGGACACUUGCUUUCUUAAGCAUCAUCUUCGCUGUCGUUGCCUUUACGAUGUUACAUAAUAUCUGGUUUGGAGCUGUUAUGUGUGCCACAGCAGUAUUCAGUAUUUCGAGUCCAUUAAACUUUAACGCUUGCUGUUAUUCGGAUUGUUCACGAAACACAUCAGGUGAAAAGCGAUGCGGACUUGUCAGUGUAUUCGUUUGGAUGUUUCUGACCAACAUGGUUUACAUGAUCUUGUUUGCAUAUAGUUGGGUUUUUUGGCUAAAUACUUCCAGCUGGUCCUAUUCAGAAGAUUGGCUGAACACAGUAUUUGCGUUUACUUUGAUCAUUAACUUGUGCCUGUCCAUCUUCAAUCUCUACUCGAUGUGUCUCGUUUACAAGUUUGGCUGUUGUUUCAUGAAUGGUGUUGACAGAGAGUGUCCCCAGCAAAGCGUUAACAUGGUGGUUGUGAACCACUCACAACUUAGCACGAUAGGAGGAGGUGUUCCUGCUAACGUCCUCAACAAGGUCAAUUCAGAACCGGGACCUCGUUCCCGCAACAACAACCGUAUAUCACCAACAUGCCGCUUUCUCUACAACCCGCUCAACAACAGCAGCCAGCCGGUGGAGCGACUGCAGAAUCAGCGAGCCUUUCUAUCCCUCAUAGUAUGA